AUGCCUUCUUCCGUGUCAACCUCUCUCAUCCCCCUUUACAUCGCCGCCAGCUCUCUCGCUGGAGGGUUCGUUCACGCGCAACUUGGCGCUGACGCUCAAUCCGAACCCGACUGGUGCAUCACCAACUGCGACAUCACCAUCACCCCGACCAACCCCCGAAAGGCGACCUGCAAGGGCGACGAGACCGGCAAGGCGUUGGAGAAAUGCACAUGUGACGCCUUCAUGGCCAACAACGACCCGAUGAUUCUCUGCGUGCAAAAAUGCCCCGAGGACCAGCAGUUGGCGUAUGCGAAGAACCUGCCCAAUCUGUGUGGAAAGACGCUUUUCCCCUGGUUCGACUUGAGCACGACGCCCAACCCGCCGGCCGAGAACACCGCAGCCGCUGCGAGUAACCCUUCAAGGCCGACUGCCAGCGCGACAAACAGUGGAAGUGGAAGCCGAAGCGCUAUGGUCAUAAUGCCGGAAUCGUCCAAAGCCGAGAGUGCCAGGGCCCUGCUCGCCCACGCCGGUUUGGUUGGAUACCUAAUCCUCCUGGUGGGAGUGGGAGUGAUUAUAACCUUGUCGAUGUGUUAG